CCUAUAUAUUCCUGCCCAAUUCUGCAUAAAUAUCACACAUAGAUUUGUAUUAAUUAGUUUAUAUCCUGCGUCAUAAAUAUAACAAUAUUCCAUGAACCAUUUGACAGUGGGCUGCGAACUUCAAACAAAAACUGAAUGUAGUUACAAUUUGUAGAAACACGGCAAUUUAAUAAUGUAUCAUUAAAUUAUAAUAUUUCAUUAUAAAAAACACAAUAAAUCAUAAAACGAUAGCCCUGCUCCACGCACUUAUGAGUGACAUUGAAAUUUUAUGCUGAAACCGCUACCUUACGUGACUCACUCUUCAUGACAUCACGACCUAAGGCUGACUUGACAUGCGGCAUCGACCGCCCCCAGACCGCCCCCGUUAGAAAUCAACUCUGUGGUAUUGCGUUUCGGGCUUCCCAAGUCUUCGAAACCCACAAUCCUGCGAUUUAGGAUAGUACUAAUAAAACAAUAAAUCAUUGUAAGUAAUCAAUACAGACCGAAAUCUAUCAUGAGUAUGUUUAUCGGAAGUCGUUCAUUAUGUUAUUAGUACCUAGAAUCCCUAAAUCUUGGUCCCUUAUUUAUUAUUCUCGAUUUUGUUAGAAUGAGGUUAAAUAGAACACAUGGAAUACCGUAAUUUGCACCUCUUUAAUUAAAUCCUAUCGAGAAUGUUGGUAGUGCCAUGUCCAAAGGCUGAUUUGACGUGUUCAAGAGAACGUGCUAAGACGUCCAUCGGGUUUUUCAACCUCUGAGAUCAGUUUUCUUGUUGACACUGACAAAGGUUAUUGUAUAAUAUAAAUGGUCUUCAGAUGCUAAUUCAUUCAUAUGUGUUUAAUGUGAGUAUUUUUGUAAAUGGAACGAAAUUGCAAUUGAACCGAGUCAGACGUAACAAUCUCUAGGAAAGAAAGAAUAAACAUUAGCUAAGUUGGCUGCAUUCACCUUGUGCCCAGUUUGCUACUUUGCAUUUUUUUUAACUACUAAUAAAACCUUGUAUCCCCUUCCCCGCCUACCUUCGUGAAACCUGUUUGAUGCUUUGAUUGCUGCCGUCCCGUGGGCUCGGGCUAGUGUAGUAAAGUUGCACUGGCAUGACUGGAGGAUAUUGUAUCUGUAUAAAGUACAGGUGUCUUUUUCAGUAGUGUAACGACCAACAAAUUAAUCAAGGACUUUUUUGUGCUUCAUCUCUU